UAGGAGGAAUAUGCUCACAGCGUCACACUCAUUCAGGACGAUCAAAAAGUGGAAGUUUCAGCAGACAAGGCGGGAUUAAAUAUGAUAUUGAAGUAUUUUAACUACCUUGGAAUAAUGUGGCAAAUCCUAAAUUAACUCAACUUUGUGUUUUGGCUGGUUUCGGAAAUCCUUGCCGCUCGGAAAACUCUGGCUCGUGGUGGUUUAUGGUAACUGGACGUCCUAAAUAGUUAUCAUGGCUUUGAUAGCCACGGAACAGGGCGGUAACAGCAAAAUGAGCGGAACAUCGGCGAUAUAUGGCCGAAUUGAACCCAGGAAAGACUCUUUUCACGGGAAAAGUCAACCGAAAGAGGGAGACUAUUCCACGGACGGACUGCCAAAAGCGUUUCUUCACAGCCUGCGGACACUGUUUGACAUACUGGACGACGCCGGUCGCGGCUACGUCCAUAUAUCCGAGAUCGAAAGCCGUUGGCAGGGCGCCGACACUCGGGAGCUACCUGGCGGGGUGUUGAGCUGCCUCCGCCGGGUCACCCCUCCGCACGGCUGCCUCACGUUCGAGCGCUUCGUGGCGGGGCUGCGCUACUCCAUGCUGAACCCGGAGAACCGCUGCCAGUUGAAGGUGCAGGCGGCUGUGCCUCCACAGCCCGCCCCGCGCUCCGCAUGCACCCGGGUGGAGAACAAGGUCCGGCCACUGGGGCCGAGCAACGUGAGCAACAUCCAGCCACACCGCGCGUCCUCACUGAUGAGCCGUUCUAGGCCGGAGGAGGGAGCCGCUCACCCGGCAUGCGGACCGGCGAGGCACGGUGCGGGCUAUGAGAGAACCGGACGGAGUCUGGAACGGAACCCCGUUGCACAGGAGGCCUGUGGUGCUUACCGAGUGGAGCCGGGUCACAUCUCAAAAGCACCUCAGCCGCAGAGCCGGGUCCGGUCCAUCGAGUCACUGGCCCUGGAGUCACCUCAGGUCCAAGGACAAAGUGUCGCUAAGUCAAGUCUACCCAGGUCCCAAAGUGAGUCUGCGACAGGCUUCACCGGAGGCACCAGGCGCCACAGCCGCAGUCGGGAGGAGCAAAGGCGCCACACCAUCACCAAUGGAGUGGACUACGAAAUGCUAAAGCAAAUGAAGGAGCUUGAGCAGGAGAAGGACUCCCUGCUGGCAGGCUUGGAGGUGGUAGAGCGCGCCAGAGACUGGUACCAGGGCCAGAUCCACAGUGUCACUGAGCGACAGCGGCAGGUUGGGCAGAAUUCGCAAUGCACAGACUUUUUCACUGAAGCCAACACGAGUCGCAUUAACAUUCUUAUUCCCAAAUUACAAGAAGUCAACCGCUGCCUGAAUGACCUCAUUUGCUGCACUGGAAUGUCAUCCUUCACUCCUAGUGGCGGUCAGGCAGCAAUGCACUCCACGAGCUCACAGCCUCCGAUUCCAGCUCCAUCCCAAGCCAUCCUGAGACUGAAGGACCAGAACAGACUCCUCACACAGGAGGUGACCGAGAAAAGCGAACGCAUUGCUCAACUUGAGCAGGAAAAGUCGGCGCUGAUAAAGCAGUUGUUCGAGGCACGUUCUCGUAUUGCCCAGGACACAAGCACCAUGGACUCCACCUUCAUCUGACCGAUGACCCAGUAGGUCGGAUUUGUCAGACUGAUGCUAUUGUCACCGUUUACCUGACUGACCUUAUGUGGAAGCGAUGCACCUUUUUCAGCAUCCUUUGACUGCAGCUUAAAACCUCUCCACUCCACAAACUGAUUGUGCACUCCAAGUGGCAGAAACACUCUGAGCCGCUGGGCUCUGUUUGAUUUACAGUAGCAUGCCUCCUUUCUAAUAAUGGCCCAUACAUAUAUUUUGAACUUCAGAUAUUGGGCCUACCACAAACUAUGAUCACAAAACACAAGUGCAUCGUUUAAAGCCUAUGUUACUUCAAGCGUGAAAAUUGUUUACACAUGAAUUAAUUUUUAAAAAAUGCACUUGAUGUGCAUGUGUACAUACACAAGUGACUAAGACUCUGUAAAUUCCCAAGUUAAACCUGGCUCCUCCCCAACAUUCAAAGCGUGUCUCUCACUGGAGAUGCAACAUUUCCAAGUUACAGUAGUGCCUUGAGAUACCUUGAGAACAGCUUAAUGUGGUUUUAGCUGUUGUUGGCUGUCAAAUUUGAGAUCUGAGUGCUUAAGGAUAGGAAUAAUCUCAGUUUAAUUUUCUUCACAAUAAGCAACACUUGAGCAAAGAUAAUAUGUAUGAGAUGAACAUUUUGAGUUAUGAGUAUGGGCAUUAGGUUUGGCAAUCUAUUGAUACAUACAGUAUGUAGAUCAGAGUUGUCAAACUUAUUUCAAUUUGCGUGCUAUAUUUAUGGUAAUUACAUUUUAAGUGGGCUGGACCAGAUUGGAACCCUAUGGCAGGCUGGUUCCGGUCGAUGGGCCGUACAUUUCACAAGCCUGAUCUAACUAUAUGUGUUGGAAUGCGAUACAAGAAUGAUAUUUUGAAAGGCAUAACGGUUUGGUUACGAUUUCUUUCAGUUUGGAAGCAAUAUGAUUUGAUAGGUUACGGAAAAGUUUGUGGUUAGAGCCAACUUUAAGAGCCAUUUCUCCAUUAAUGGGAUCCCAGGAUGGAAAAACUUGUAGUUCUUAAAAGAUUAAAGACAUUAUUAUGAGUUAAAAUAAUUGAAGCCCCUCUUGAUGUUUUUGUUUUUAUACAAUUUGUAAAAUUAGUUUUAACUAGUAAGUCGCCAUUGUUGUUGACGUCGCAGGGCGGUGACGUCACAUGGUAACGCUGCCGGGCUUCCAGAGUAUGACUCUUGUGACAUAAACAUGUCAUCUUUUCAACCCUUUCAAUUUGUACCCAAGAGGAACAUUAAUUAGCAUGACAGCACUGUUAAUAUUUCACAAAACGAGCAGUAAAAGCAAAAUAAACAGGAAAGACUGGAUGAGACGAGAGUAGGUGGAAAAAAUGGUGUUCUGCCAAACACCGUGGUGGUUUAAAUAUGCUACGUGACUAAUGUGGUCAACAGAUCAACAAUCUGCUUCAAAGCUACCACAACACAAUGCUUAAAAGUAUGAGAGGGAAGAACAUGCAAAAAGUAUUUUGAGGCAAUGAAAAGGUAAUAAAAGACUCAAUAAAAAUAGAAGUAGUAAGUACUCGCCGCUCUAAACCGAUGAGCACAUGUGUUGGACAUCUCGCCGGGUAGAAGGAAUCGCAGUAACCCGGAAGUAUUCGUCGAGUGACAGUGACAAUCACUCCGAGCGUCCAUUGCGUGCUUACAUGACGCCCUCCGUAGGUCAAAACAUCUACUAAAUAUUAUAGAUUUUAAAAUCAAUGGCAAUAUUUUAUGUGUUUCUAAUAACAGAUUUUAGUAAAGGAGAACAACUGUGGCUUAUUAGAGCCUACAAGUCUUUAAGUCCGAGGUUCCCUUUUAAUACCCUAAUUAUCCACAGUAAAAUGACUUUCUGACUAUAUUUUUAAACAAAUAAAAGCCCGUUUGUUGCUCAGAAUUGUUUGGUUAUGACACUGUGAGAACUAACAAAAUCUCAUGUAAAGUAAAAUGGUCACAAGAACAAGAAAAAGACGCUGAAUUGCAUUUGUUGGAGGGGAUCAGUAAUAUACUCAGUAACACUUUAUUCAAGUGUUUUAACACAAUAGUAGGUCAGUGAUAAAAGAUUUAUUGCAUUCUUUCCCUAAUUAUAACAACAUUCGGCCAACACGCUGCAAAGACCAACUUCAAAAUAAAAGCCUAACAAGUAAUGCUUGAGCAUUGAAGCAAUACCUUGUUUGGGUUUUGAUUGUCAAGUUAGCCCUCAUAAGCAAUCAAAAGCUUUAGCAGCAAAAUCCAAUCGAAUGUCGUUAUAUACUGUCGCCCUUUACAAAAAUCAGAUUGGUCCUCAAACUGCUUUACAACAAAGCAAAAUAUAGUACAUGAUGAAAAAAAGACAGGAAAUCACUAUACAGUUGGUAAAAGGUAGCAACAGUGGCAGUCAGAUACCAUUUAAAAAUUUUUAUAUUCAUUGUCAGACAGAAGCAGCACAGCAAAAUGCCACGCUAAAAAAUAAGUAAAAAUAUCAAAAUGGCUUACCUCUUCGUCCUCUGAAGGACCAUGGCCCCCAACAAAAUAUUUUCUGCAUAUGAAGGUGAAUGGCUUCACCUAAACUGGUCUUUUGGACAUCUGCACAAGUUGAUCCAUUAUUCACAUUUUUUCCUCUGAAUAUUUGGCUUCGAGAAACGUGUGAAGAAAACAUCUUUCAUAUGUCGUAAUGUCUAGAGUCGUGUCUACAAGUU